AUGUCUACAAGAAAUGUGCGUAAGUAUGUUCACAUAUUUCAAAUUACUUUCAUUUGUAUUUCUCUAGAGAUUCAAAGUUAUGUAUAAUUAACUCUCAGCAACAUGAUACUGUAAAAAAAUUUGUGCUUGUUUUAUUCCUGUAUCAUAAGCACCAUGUGUCGUGGAAUAAAAAUUUUCGUGUGUUGCUUCACCAGCAAACAUGAUAAUAGGCACGUCCUAAGAUAAAAUAAAUUUUUUCAUUGCACCGAGUAUUUUCUAAUCAAGUGUUUCGAUGAUCUUACCUUAUCAUCAUGUUCUGUUAAUUUACCCCAUAUCGGUUGUGACAGACUGCGUGGCGUAAUGCCAUUUGCGUCACAUCUCGUUGUAAUGUGACUAUAACUACCUCGAGUAUACUUAUUCGCAUUCCACUGUGUUCUCAAGCAUCUCUUUAUUGGAGAUAUUUUAUAACAUUUUAAAUAAUGUUUAAGUAAAUUUUCACAGUCUAUUGCAAUUUGUUCUUCACUCAAAGUUUCAACAAUAUAAGCUCCACGACCACCAACCCAACCGAGGAGUACACCUUCGUGAUUAGGUAAAACAUCAAAACCUGUCAGAUCUCUAGUCCACACAGCCAGAUUUUUAUUGCAAAAUACUCCUUCUUUCCAAAGUAGUUGAAAUCCUUUUGUAUUAGGUUUCCACCAUGAAAUCCCAAAAUCGAGAAAAACUUUAUUUAUUAACCCAAAACCUAAACAUUCGAUUGCCUGGCUGAAGAGAUUCGGUAAGGAUGGAAUAAACAUAGUUUUAUAAUUUUCUUUUAAAUAACCAAGGGAACACGUAAUUAUUACACAAUCCGCAAGAAUACGAGUAUUGUUAGAAACAUUUAAAAUAAGCGGAGAAUUGAAAUCGUUUUGUUCCCACUUGAUUGAUUCUACAGAGGUAUUUAGACGUAAAUUUUCUUUACCCAAACUAUCGGCGAUAAGUUUGGGUAAAGCCUUAUAUCAAGAUUUAAAUGAAAGAUGUUCUGGACCCCCAACAAACUAUAAAAAAAGAAUAUUAUAUUUGUUACAUUUUUUUUCGUAACAAGAAUUUCAACAUCGCAAUAUUUACCUUAAAUUUUCCCCAGUAUUUCGUAGAUAAUUCAUCAAGACUGAAACAAGCAUUAUCUAUUGCAAGAAAUCUAAUAUUCCAAUCGAAAAUUUCCUUCUUAAUGGUUCUUAUUACUAGCGAAUCAUUCUCCUCAUGUAAAUGUUUGUUGAGAGAAUUUCUUAAAACCGCAUCGAUAUUUUCACAACCUAUUUCAAUAUUUUUGUUCUGAUAAUCCUCGCAAUCUUCUAAUGUAUUACAAAUAAGAUCAUCUAUCUCUUCUACUAAAGCUUCAUCUACUUUACAACCACUGUUGCGAAUGAAAAUUCCUUGACCAUCUCGACAUUGUACGUCUGAGAGUAAAUCAUGUUUAUAACAUAAUUGGGCUAACUGACUUUGAUCACCGUGUACAAACUGUGCCCCACAUUCUAUCCAACCUUUAUUCCAUGGAACAGAUUGAAUUCGACCACCGAUUUCGCUUUGCGCUGUGAGAAAGUAAAUAGUAAGUCAUUCUCUUCUCUUCGUGGAUACAAAUCCUUCUUCAAUUUCCGUUCAAGCUUUAAUUACCUUCGAUUAAUAAAUAAUCUUUGAAAUUUGCAUCUUCUAGUGCUUUCGCAGCUGCUAAUCCUGCAAUGCCUGCACCUAUUAUUACAAGUUUCGUUCUUGAUAUUUUUUGGUUUGACGCACUCAACGGCCUUUCCAACGUAUUGAAUCCGUUUCUCCAACCACAAUCAUUAUGCACAAAUAAAACCUUUUAUUUCAGCUAGAAUAAGUAAUCAAAAAGACUACUAUUUUACACCACACUAUCAUAUUCCAAAUAAAACCCAAUAAUGUUGAUCCUGAAUUGGAGAAGUUAAGGAGAGAAGUUGAUGGUCCUCCAAAUUUAGACAUUGUAAUAGUAAAUAUUCAAAGAGCUACAGCACAAAUUCAUGCUUCCUAUUUAUUUGAACAGAUUGGAAAAACUACUUUGCAAAAAUUAUGUUUAUUAUUAAGUUCUACUGCCACAGGCAAAACUUACGGUGGAUGGCAAGAAUUUGCUGCAUAUAUGGGUUUAACAAUGGAACAAAUACGUUGCAUAGAUUACGACUUUAAAGGAUUGCAAGAUCCAACUUAUUAUGUGUUAUUAGCUUAUGUGCAACAUACUGAUGCAACUAUAGAUAAGAUUUUAAGUACUUUACAAAGAAUACAUCGUCUUGAUGUAAUUAAUCAAAUAAAGGAUGAUAUUACAUAUUUAAUUGAUAAAAUAUCACAAAAAAUUACAACAGAUGCUUACAAGAAUAUUUCUAUUUGUGUAGAAUCAACUUUGUUAGGACCAAGAAGUAUACCAAAAGCUCCAUUAGUAUUAACUCCAAUCAAUUUUGUACACAAUGUACAAAAACAUAAAGCAAUCUCUGACCAUGUUAUACAAGACAAUUUAAAGAAGAGUAAAAAAUCAUAUGGCUGUGUAGUUAUGUUAACAUUUGCUGAUGAUGGUUCAGAAACUGCACAACAUAUAGCAAAAAUAUUCAGGUCUAAAGAGCCCAAAAUUGGAGUUCUUAUACUUCAAGAACAGGAAAAUUAUGUAUAUAGUAGGGCAGAAGAAUUUAUAGAUGAUUGUUUUAAACAGGUGAAUUUUAUCAUACCUAUAUUAACACAAGGAUAUAUGGAAAGAAUAAGUAAUAUUAAGAAAGUCUAUAUUGAAGAUCAAAAUAAAUUAGAUGCAAAAUAUAUAAGAUACAUAUACUCUCUUUUAAGAUAUGAAUAUGUGAGAAAUCAAUGCAUUAACUCCCGUGUAAGGUGUAUAGUUUCUGACAAAGAAGUUUUUGCAGUUGCAACAGCAAAUUUGCAUCCAACUUUGCAAGCAUGGUUUAGAGAAAGUGACAUUGAUGCAUUUAUUGAAAAUAUCCUUCUAAAGAAAUGUCCAAGAUAA